AUGUCAAUUAAAAAAGUUUGUUGUGUUAUUGGAGUUGGUAAAGGUAUUGGAUUUGGAGUUGCAGAGAAAUUUGCAAAAGAAGGAUUUUCAGUUGCAUUGGUUAGUAGAAAUAAAGAGAAAUUAGAACCAUUUGUUCAAACUAUUCAAAAAAAGUUUGGUGAUACAGGAUCAUUUGCAGUUGAAAUGGAUGCAACUAAUGCAGAAUCAGUUGAAAAGGGAUUCAAAGAGAUUAGAUCAAAAAUCAAUGGUAGACCAAUCGAUGUAUUAAUCUAUAAUGCAUCAGCAUCAUUCAAGGCAGUUUCAGUCGAGAAAACCGAUGUAAAUGAUUUUCAAAAUGCUUGGAAAGCAAGUUGUUUGGGUGCAUUCUUAACAAGUCAACAAGUUUUAAGUGAAAUGUAUGGACAACAAAAUGGUACAAUCAUUUUCACUGGUGCAACUGCUUCAUUAAGAGGUGGCGCUUCGUUUGGUUUAUUUGCUUCAAGUAAAUUUGCAUUACGUGGUUUUGCUCAAUCAUUAGCUCGUGAAUCUUAUCCAAAGGGUGUCCAUGUUUCUCAUGUCAUCAUUGAUGGUUAUGUUGAUAUCAAUAGAGAUUAUUCUUCAAGACCAAAGGAAAAUUGGAUUGAUCCUGACGCUAUAGCUUCAACUUAUUUCUCUCUUUAUUCUCAAGAUAAAUCUGCUUGGACUCAUGAAAUUGAUAUUAGACCACAUACUGAAAAAUGGUAA